CUGACCAAUAGGAAUCCCUAAAAGUUCCGCAGGAGUAGAAUGGAUAAAGCAAACUAGCGGGUCAGAAAGGGGCCAGUGUGUGAAUUUGAACGCAGUGUUAUUAUCUGUUCACGUCCCUACUUAAUGACGGACGACAAGCGCACGCCCGUGAAUUUAUCUGUUCGGUCGGGGAAGCGUGAUGUUAGUAGCGCUCGAGCACAUUUGGAUGUGAGCGAGAGACGCGAAAGGACGAGCUCGUGAGCUCUUCACGUCUGCCCACAAGAAAGACAAGAGGUGGAAGGAGGAAUCACCGUACUGUCACACGGACACAAACCGAGAAGAUGGAGUGAACAGCCCGUUUGCUGGAAAUAGCACUUUUCGUAAUUCAGGCUUCUUGUUAAGACAUGGAUUACAGGAAAAUGUGUUUAUAAAUUCACCGCAAUUGUGGAACCAACUUUUUUCUUUUGGAUGGACCUUGCAAACAUGAUCUGAGCCGAGGGAUUGUUCCCUCCAUAGAUGCAAUGGAAAUAUGAAAUAUGCAUGCUUAAAACUGACCUGACGGCAACCAAACGAUUACAGACUUCGAUAUGGCAACUUGUGCAAGUUUGGUUCGGGGCGCGCGCACUUUAAUUUGGCCUUUCGCUUGUGUGCUUGUUUGUUUUAGCUGUUUUUCCAUCGCCUCGUCCAACCACCACGGCCGUCGGUUGAUUUGCUGGCAAGCGAUAUUAAACUGCCAGUCGGAGCCCGAGUGCCAUUACGCUUAUGACCAGUAUUUGCACGCCUGCGAAUCUAUCCUGACCGGCCAGAGGAAGAAGUGUCCCAGUCACUGCAUCUCGUCGCUUGUGCAACUCAACCUGACCAAGAGCGGCCCGGCGCUGGAGGACUGCAGCUGCGCCUCGGACCCCCGCUGCCGGGAGAUCAAACGAUCCAUCGAGCCGUGCUUACCCAAAACCAGCAGCAUGGGCUGCACCGAAGCCCGGCGCCAGUGCGAGAGGGACAACCAGUGCCGGAACGCGAUGGGCGAUUAUUUAUUCCACUGCGGGAAACUCUUCAGCGGCUCCAGCUGCUCGAACCCAUGCCGCAAUGUCAUCGCGUACAUGCGCAAACUACCCAAAGCUCAACUCCUGGAUUCUUGCGUCUGUGAUGGAUCAGAGCGGACUAUCUGCGAGUUUAUCAAAACUAGUAUGAAAACGCUUUGCUUUGACUCUCCCCCCGUGGAUGAGGAAGGCUCCAGUGGGUUGGACGAUGAUGAGUCUGAUGAUGAGGAUUACCCAGAGCCAGAGCCCACGAGGAACACAGGUUCUGCUUUUGUGGCAUGUUCUGUUUUGACUGUGGUGGCAUCCAUUUUGGCUCUAGUGCCGCUUCCUUGAUCACUUUGAAGGCGAGUUAAUAAUCUGCUCCAACGGCUGUUCGGGAAUAGUGCAUUUUGUCAAUUUUCUCCUGCUUUCCAAUUCAUUUAUGGCAAGCUGUUAUGGCAACAUUUAUUCCUUAAAACGACCUAGUCUUUGUUUUACAAGGCCUAUUUUAAAUUCAGGUAAUCCAAUAGUGACUAUCAACUUUUGUUAGGUGUUCAUUAGGUUCUUGUACUAGUUACUAGUAUCUAUCCCAGAAGCAACUAGUAUAUAUCCCAUUUUUUAGUAACAUUUCUUGUCUCACAAGUUACAAUUGCUUUUUCUGGUCAUUUAAAAUGACACUUCAGAAAAUUCCAGUAAAAAAUCUUACUAGAAAGGUUAAAAAUGUUAAGAGUAGACUAGUUUGCAUAUUCAGUUUAGUACGCGGAAAAGUGGAAUAGGUUAUAUCUGAACCAUAUGUCCCCAUAAAAUUUAACUGCAAAGGUCAGCGAAUUCAUACCAGUAACAAUGGAUUUGUUACUUGUCACUAUUUGACAUGACUAGGGAUAGUGACUAAUAGCCAAAGGAUCAAGGAAUGGAAGUAGUAAGUAAUGAAUAAAUAGUAAUAGCUAAUGAAUCCAGUGAAAUAAAAAUAGUCACUAUUGGAUUACUUGCUAGCAAGUAAAAAAUAAGUACUAGUAACAUAACAAUAGAUAUUAGUUAGCUUUAAGGAAUAAAUGUUAAUAGAGCUUGACAUGGGUUUUCUCCAAAGAUUACAAGCUUUGUGUGACAUUUAGGUGCAGUUCAUGUCCAGAAAUUGUCACAUCGUAAAUGUGUUUUGAUUCACUAUGCAAAUUUAGCGUUUCAGAUUCGGCCCAGGUGAACAUUGCCUUGUCUAAUGUAAGUUUUUAUUGUCAAGCUAAAAUUCUGACUCUGAAGUUAUUUAAGAGCAGGGAUACAAAGUACUUUAGGUCAGUCAACUGCCUUAAACACCAACUUGCCUAUUUCAAGUGCUGUUUUGUAAAAGAUAAAGAUAUUUCCAUAAAGAUAUAGAAAAAGUUUAUUUUGUUACAUAGACAUUUUAACAGUGAAAGUUGUAAUUAUAAAACUGUGCACUGCCAAUGUAAAACUAGAUUUUUUUAAAAUAUGUAAAGUAUUUUUAUAAAGUUGCAAACAACUUUGGAAAAGUAACUUCUGUAAAAAGGUGUUUGGAAUGCUGGAAAGAAUGAGUAGAUCUCUAUAUUAGCUAGUAACAUUUGAUAAACCUUAUGAAAGUCCCAGAGAUUCUUUAUUUUUGUCAUAAAGUAACCUUCAAAACAAAGGGUGAUGAUUCCAGCUUUAAAGGGAAGUUAAAUGUUUGUUGUAAUUAUUUUCCUUUUAAGAUAUUGUACAGUGUACAGAUUUUCAGAGAAUCUUUUAAUUGUGUUAUCUAAGAUGAACUAUUUACUGUGUAGAAAUGUCUAAAUCCACUGUAUGACUGCCUCAGUGAUGUUCUUUUUAUAGAAGGCAUAAAAACUAAAGUGCAAAGACUCAAA